CCAGUGCAGAAAAAGGGCGUGCCAUCUCUCCUCGGUUCAGUUCUCAGUUUGCUGCUGCUGAGGGUCUGCCCUGGGUCUCUGUGCCACGAGUGUGAAGAGCGAGAAGUCAUGGCGACAGCUCCACGACUGAGCCCGUACCGCGGCCGGCCACCGAGUCUGGAAGAGAGCGCCGCCUCUAGUGGCUCGACCAGGUACUCAAUGGCGGCCGGCGACAGACACCCUCCCCCUCCUCCUCCCGACAUCGACCUCAUCCCCUGGUACCACUAUCAGAUCACCAGACAUGUUGCCGAGAGUGUCCUGAUGUCCACUGGUGAAGACGGUAGCUACCUCCUCAGAGACAGCAACACCAACCUUGGAGAGUUCACUCUCUCUGUCAGAGCCAAAAACUCUGUGAAGCAUUUCCCUGUGAGGUGGGAGGGGAACGAGUUCAGUUUUGGUUUUGGAAAGUUCCAGACGGUCUCAGAGCUCCUGGAACAUUUCGAGAGUAAACCAGUCAUCGGAGGAGAGUCCGGAGUGUUGACGCUACUCAAGUUCCCCUACCCGCGAGAGGUGGAGGAACCAGAGUGCUACGACAACAUCAGAGUCCAUGCAGAGUGGGGCCAGCCACAGCCACAGAGAAACGCAACCAGCCAGCCUGUCUUCUCGAUUGCCUCCAAGGAAGGCUACCUCACCAAGUUGGGCUACCACAGAAAGACCUGGCGUACCCGGUGGUUUGUUCUCUUCAAGAACGAACUCAAGUACUUCAGAAGUAGAGAGGAGAAAACGCCCAUCAAGGUCAUAAACUUCGGUGAUGUCUCUGAUAUAUUGGCUGACGACAGUCAGGGCAAGCAGAACUGCUUCAGGAUCAUCACAUCCUACCGCACCUUCUUCCUGUACGCCAGUUCAGCUCAGGAGGCCGAAGACUGGAUCAAGAUCCUCCGAUGGAGACUGGUACAUUGAUUACUGGAGGAAUGAUACGCAUUUUUGGCAAGUGAAACGAGCAGUUUGAAUUUUUGCACGUUUCAUGCGGACAAUCACGUGUAACAUUACCGUAUUUGGCCAGUGUCUGGUAUAAUUAUACCCAUUCAUAAUACAGAGAAAUUCCGCAUUCAGACGACUAGGUGGGACCGCUUUGCUUUCCUUUUCUAUCCCAUCACUCUGUCUGAUUGGCACGUGAAACAAGAGGUUUUCUUUCUACGAUACUGUUGUGUCUUACAUGCCAAUCUGUUUCACACUUGCAUUUGCUUCCUCCUCAAUGCAUUGGUUUUGAGCAGUAACAUUAAUUCUUAUUUGGAGCAUGCUACAUUAUUAUUUUGUCUACAGUACCUUGCAAUUUGGCACCCACUACUUGUUCUUAAUCUCUGCUGCUAAUCAGUAGCCAGACUCUCGUAAUUGCAAAUCUAACAAUAAUUUGCAAUGGAAUCCGCAUAAAGUGUCACUCUUGCCUUGUUACGACUAAGUUUUGAGUCACGAAAUUUGUUAUUAUUGUUACCCAAUACAUAAGGUUAUGAUUCGAACGAGGGUUACGAGCUACAUAUAAUACUGUAAGAACAAUGGAAAAUGCUGACCAACAGAUUUCGUGACUCAAAAGUUGGUGUUGUAAAUAAGAAAACAACCCUCGUUGUCCCUCUCUCCAUAAGGAACAUCCACCAGGCACAGAGCAUCAGAGAGAUGGGAGACCUGCAUAGCUCCCGGCUCAUUAUACCUGUUACUAUGUGCAACUAACACAUUAUGUAGUCUAAUACUAGUUGAUUGCAAUCUUUUUAUGAUAAAGUUAUUGACAUUUUUUUUAUGUAGAC